AUGAGUGCGCUAGAUUGGCGAAUAAUUUCUAUCACGUAUAACGUGAAUACUAGGAAACCCGAAAGUGAUCAGAUUUAUCAGCUUUUACAAGACGGUGAUGCGAAAGAUGCCGUUAUUGUUGCAAUUGGAUUACAGGAACUUUCUCAUUUGGAGUUAUUCGGUACGAUACCGGUCGAAACGACGUGGUUAUCAAUUCUGACAUCAUGGAUGAAUGCUCAUGGAAAAUCUCUUCUUUGUAAGGCAUCACUUGCUUGGAAUUUACUACUCAUUUUCGCACAACUGGAAGUGUUUCCUUUAGUGAGUGAAAUCAACUCAAGGCAAUCACGAUCUAGCUUAGGAGGCCUUACUGGUCAUAAAGGAAGCGUAUCGCUAAGGAUAAAGUUUAGAGAUGAAAGUUCACUGGUUUUUAUUACGUCGCAUUUUCUGCCGGAUACAAGUAAUUAUGAAAAAAGGUGUUUACAAUAUAAAAAUGGGAAAAUUUGUGCCUUUGACGAUGUAGCAGGGGGCAGUAAUGGGAGCAAUAAUGUAAUAUGGCUCGGCGAUUUUAAUUGGAGAGUAGAUCAACUUACAUCGCAAGAAAUGAUUAUGAUGCUAGCUGAAUUGAAUUCUAAUAAUUAUAUGGAUAAGCUCGUGAAUAAAUUUGAUCAGCUAAAAAAAGCUCAGAAAAGCGGACGAGCUUUUAUGGAAUACAAUGAAGAGAAAAUUCGUUUCGCUCCCACUUACCGCCUCAUGGUUGGCUCCUCACAUUAUGAUCAAGAACGCGUACCGUCAUGGUGCGACCGCAUCCUUUUCAAAGGAAAAUCUCUGCGUUGUGAGCGAUACGAAUCAAAUCACAUGGUCACUUUGUCCGACCAUUUUCCAGUUUAUGCGCAUUUUAUUCUAUCUGAACCGGUAUCACGACAGCAUUCUGGAUGGAAAGUUCGUUUUGAGAAAAUACCCCACUGGUACAACAUCGUACCAUUCACAUGUCGAUUUACAUAUUUGGACGAUUUCUGGAAUAUUAGUGGAUCAUAUCGUGACUGGGUCGCGAUUUAUUUGGCCGAUGUUCCCAAUUCUUUACAGCCGUUAACCUGGUUGUAUGUAGUUGCUUGUUACAAUACGAUUAUAGCAAAUAGAUCAGUCACCAUUGCGGAAUUCCCAUGUUUAAGUGCUGGACAUUAUCGGGUUGGCUAUUUUAGCACAUACAAAAAUUGUCUGCAAGGUUUGUCCGAUAUUUUCGAAGUUGGAUUCAUCAAGUAAUUUCCAAAGUUGGUAAAAUCAGUGAAAAGAAAGCAUUGGUUGUAAUUGAGAAAAAUACUAAUAGAAACCAGUGGGUUACUAUUAAUGAAAUAAAAUGAAGAGGGGUCAGCAAACUUACUGCUGUUAAAUUUGCAAUACACACCCAGAAUCAUUGUAACUUGUUAUAUUCUGGUCAUACAGUAUAAGCCGCAAGCUCAUAUAUUUUCUUCACUUGUUGGCACUGCAAAUCCUGCCUAAUUUCUGCUAUGCUUAUGAUUUUCAGAUCUCUACCUUUGAUUAUAUACGUAUAUUUCUAAUGUCGUUGUUUUCAUCAUUAUAUCGGCUUCCGUCAGGGAUACUGGAAGUUUUGUACACUUAGAGGUCUAGGAAAACUUCGGCUUCUUGUAACAAAUGACCACAAUCACUCG